AUGCUUGAACGGGCGUUCGCUCUGCUCACAUUUAGGUUCGCGGAUGCUUUCGUUCAAUUCUUCCUUUAUCCGCCCCACUUCGAAAGUGAUGGCAUCCUGAGCACAUGGUACAGUCAAUUAUACGACGAGCUACAGACGCACCCGUGGCGGACCACAUCCCCGGAACAAGCCUCCAUCUUCUUCCUCGGAAUCGACGUCAGUUGUGCUUACUUGUGGCCAGUGUAUUCUGCCCCGGUUCCUGGCGCCGUCAACUAUGAAACGAAGGCCCGCUGGGGCACACUGGGCGACUCGCGGACUUGCCGCGAAUCUCGCCAAGCCCGCUUGGAGGCAUAUGUCAGAAAUGGUUGGGCCACAUACUGGGGAGUGGCUGGAAAGCAGCAUGUGGUCUUCGACCAGUUGUGCUACAACCCCGUGUCCGAGCUGGUGCACGCUCACCAUUCCGUGACUCUGGCAGGGGUGGGACACUUGAGAGGCAAAGCAUAUGGAUACAGACGCAACAUCGACAUUGCGUGGCCUGAAAUGCCUGUCACGGUCGAGAACCCGGAGAUCAAGACAUGCACCUGCUCACCACGUAAGCGAUUGGUUUCUUUCCAAGGAGCACAGACUCGCCAAGUGAGGCAGAAGCUGCGAGCACUCCACGACGGAAGCGAGAUUGUCGUCAAUGUGGUAGAUGUCUCGAAAAGUGCCCUCAACACAACGGAUGCUCGCUGGAACAACAGCCAUCCAAUAAAGGCUGAGUAUGCCGCGCUCAUGCGGGAGAGUGAGUUUGCACUGGCACCUGCUGGUCACAGCCCAUGCUCUUUGCGACUGUACGAGAUUAUGUCUUUCUGUGCUAUUCCAGUGGUCCUUUCCGAUGAGAAGCUUCUGCCAUUCUCUGAGAUUCUAAACUGGUCCGAGAUGGCUGUCAUCGUGCCGGAAAAUGCUGUGGCAACCAUACCUGGAGUCCUUCGCGCGCUGGGCCCACAACAGAGAUGCAGGAUGCGACGACGAGCCUUUGAGGCAUUCCACGCCUACUUUGCCAAUGUCUCAUCAAACGUGCGCGGCUUGCUGGAAGUGUUAGAGCUCCAUGCUAACGGAGGUUUCCGUGCCAACGAGGACUCCCAGAAGUUAGCUUCGGACUUCCGAGAGCAGUCUUCAACGCUGGCCUGGUCUCCAUAUGCCAUGGAGGACUUCCGAAGGCAGCGACUUGCCUUGCAGUGGCUGCCAGCCUCCCCACCAAGUCUACCAAAUGGCGAUUGCUUCAUCUCUUGGGAUGCGGUGCUGGCGUAUUCUGCGUCUGCUCACUCAGAAAGCCUCGCUGCUUUGUUGACCUGGGCUUUAGCUUCUCUGGGCAUGGUCGACCCCGCGUCCAUCGAGAGUCUUUCAGUCCAGCUGAGACGUCUGGCACUCCAGGCCACUUCCGGCACUUCCAUGCCAAACGUGACCAGCGUUUUCGAGCAGAUGGAUGCCAACACUGGCAGCCUUGGCAUCUCCCCGGCCUUCCGAUCAUCGUCAGCUUCCCUUGAAGACUUGGUCCGGGCAGCCGUUGCGAGCAGGGACAGUGACAGAGAUGGCAAGAUCAGUGCUGAAGAGUUUGCGUCUGAGGCUGUGGAGGAAAUGAGCGCUCCGUUGCAGUUUUCAAAGCUGGAUCGAAACAAUGACAGCACCGUUGCUUUGCGGGAGUUGCUUGCUGAGCCGUUGUUUGUCGACGACCACACGGACUCCCUGAGACGAGGGUUUCAGUUCGCAGACGCCGACAAGGAUGGUCACUUGAGCGGCGCCGAGUUGGAGAGGUGGGAAGCACGGCCAUUUCUGCACCUCCUGGCGGAAUACCCUACAGCCAGAAGAGGAAGGGUGUCUGACGUUCGAGAGGCUCAGCGUCCCUGCGCCGGCGUGAGAUCACCACAAGCACCCGUCGCGCAGUUGGCGAAUGAGCUCCGCGAUUGCGGCUUCGUCCACGUGCGUCCAGGCUGGUUUGGUCAGGACUACGUAUCAAGACUCUGGGAAGCCGCACGAGAUCUGCCAUGCCAAGACCACUUGGCGCCACACUUCGGGCCGUUUGAGAAGUCUGCGCCUUUCACAUCGCCACAGAUGCAGCUCUGGGAUCUGCUGAAGGCGACUGUGGCUCCCAAGCCAUGCUGUGACCUCCUUUCCCUAGCCAUCCGUUGCUUCACCUGCACUGAGCUGAACGCAACGGAGGAGCCUCUAUGGCGUGGGCCGAACAUCAUCGCGCAGAACCGUUACACGGUGCUUGUGGCAAUGCAAACUGUGACAUCGCCAGUGCUUGGCUUGAUCCCAGAAAUGAAGCACGACAGGUUCGUGGCGGAUGAGCGCAACAGUUUCUGCGGUGGUGGUGUGAGCAGCACAGGGAGGCACCCUCCGAUGCGCACUCGAGAUGGAUACACUGCCAGCUUUAUGGCCGCGGGAACCGUUCUCAUCUACGAUGCAAAUUUGGUCCAACGCCCCUUCUGCAUCAACGACAAGUGGUUUCUCCGCUAUGACCUGGUGGCUGGCACGAAGCCUGAUCGGUUGAGUGGCUUGCGCUCGCGAGCUGGCGUGGAUCUCGAAAGUGGACUGGAGCUUGAACGUCAAACAGCCUUUCAGCAGGUCAUGUUGACAGCCGGCUUGCAGGACCACAGUGAGCUUUAG